UAAACCGUAUACUGCAGUUGUGCAAAGAAGUUCAUCGUGGUCGCUUCGACUGCCAAUCGAUUGAAAAAUUUUUGAAAAAUCUUAUAACGAUUGUAAUCGUUAUAUCUGUAAUAUAAUUUGUAUUUAUAGUGUCGUUCAAAAAAUAAUUUUUACAUCCUAUCGUAGACAGGAUGUCAGAGAUCUCGCAAACAACAUUAAUUGCCGAGGACAUAUCAGACCGAAGGCUAGACUUAUAAGCGAUCUUAUUACCGGAGUUACGGCGAACAGUCGCGAGACAUACGUGAAAUAGGAAGGAUGGACAGAUGGGCAGGGAAGGUGGCCGUGGUAACGGGUGCAAGUGCCGGAAUUGGGGCCGCGAUCGUCAAGCAAUUGCUCACUCAUGGGAUGGUGGUAGCAGGUCUUGCCAGAAGAGUAGAAAAGAUAAAAGAAUUGGAGCAAGGGUUGGAAGAAUGUUCGGGAAAGCUGUACGCCGUAGAAUGCGAUGUAUCAAAAGAGGAAAGCGUGAUCGCAGCUUUCGCGUGGGUUCAAGAAAAUCUUGGCCCUGCAAAUGUAUUGAUCAACAAUGCUGGAAUAACAAAAGAAUCUUCUCUUAUAGAUGGCAAUUUAGAAGAUUGGCGCUCUGUCUUCGACGUGAACGUUUUCGGAUUGUGCCUCUGCACUAAGGAAGCAAUUCGCAUGAUGCGAGAAACAGGAGGCGAAGGUGUCAUAAUAAACAUAAACAGUCUUGCAGGUGAAAGAGUGCCUUUCAUACCUGGAUUCUCCGUUUAUCCAGCUUCAAAAAGAACUAUCGCUGCUCUGGCGCAAACAUUGCGACACGAGCUGACGGGAACCCAAAUCAGGGUUACGGGUAUUAGCCCAGGUUUAGUAGCCACAGAGUUAAUGGUAUCUUACAGCACGUAUUCUGAGGAAGCAUUAGCAUCAUUUCCCACAUUGGAUCCAGAAGACGUCGCAACAGCUGCAAUAUAUAUUUUAUCAUGUGCCCCGCAUGUUGUCAUUCAAGAUAUUAUUCUGCGACCUUUGGGCGAGUCUUGGUAAUAAAUAACAUAUGAAACCAUUCAAGAUUUAAUUAUACUUUAGAAUUAUUCAUUUCUAAUUAUUGCACAAACGAUUGUUAUAGAGACAAAGAAAAUAUUUAUACUAUCAAUUGAAAAUUGCACUUAUUUAGUUGUUAAUUAAUAAUUGUUAUAUCUUA